ACUGUACAUCUAAGCAACUGGGUCCAGCAACUGUCUUGAAUAACAAUAUGCAGCGGGGAUCAUUACCACCCAAACAACGCGGUUAUCUUGCUGUUUGUUGCAUUGUCAUUAUCAUCUGCAUUCUUUGGUUCUAUCGCAACCAGGUCCUUCUCGAAGCGACAGCGUCUUACAGAACGUCAUUAACAUCGACACCAACAAGUCUUAAUCAUACCUCCCUGUCAUCACUCCGAGUUGCCGUGGUAGAGCAGGAGGAAUUCCACAAUGAAGUACUCGGCGCCGUACUAAGCGAUCUCCUACGACUUGGGGUGAGGCCGCAAGUGUAUAGAUCUGUGCCCUAUCUAUAUCGUUUCGGGGAUGUACUCCAAAGAUUCUAUCCAUACGGCUUUGAUCAGAGUAUUGUCAAGAAUGAAGAUACUGGUGUUUUUCAGCCGGGCCCUGUGGAAGACGCAAUUCGUGCAGGCGAAUAUGACCUCGUCAUCCUAAAUAGCUGCCAUUGGGCAAUCUGGUGGGAAACAAACAUAUUCAUGGCCCUCAACUCGAGCGACGCUCACGUCAUUUGCAUACUACACACUCCCCAUGAAGAAGGCAUUGGCAAGGCCCGGUUUCAGUAUAGCGCUCUCGGAGCCCAAGGAAGGUUCACUGGCCUUUCACUUUCCACUCAUACACAGGAUGCUGCCAUGAAGCUUUUCGAUAAAUGGGCUGAUAAAGAGCACGAUCGAAGCUGGGACAAGAUCCCCGUCGAGUACUUUGUGCCUAUUUUCCCUGCUAUUUCCGACCCUCAGGCUAUACACAAAUCAAGGAUACCAAGCAAGUUUGUCAUCCAGGGCUCCAUCGAUACCUUACGACGCAACUAUGACGGACUGAUAGCAGAGCUGUUACAAAUAAUGAAAGCUGAUCUUCAUUCCUGGGGCUACUACCAAGAAAAAGAGGGAUCACCUUUCCUUCCACUGAAGAAACCUGCACAUGGCGCCAUACCACCACCUUUCAACCUGCACUUAAUCGGCCACAGCAUCCGAGAACCCAAGAUACCCGACGAGAUGGUGAACGUCGUCCAUAUCCGGGAUAGCCCCGACUUCGAGGAGUUUUAUGGAACACUGGCUGAGAUGGAUGUCUUGAUUCCUGCAUUCUCGGCAGACCUAUACCUCACUGCAGUAGCAUCAUCAUCCAUUCCUGCAGCAGUCAUGACCAGAACACCCAUCCUCGCCUCACCCGCCCAUCUAAGAGCAUACGGCUAUCUCGCUCCUCCCGCAGUGAUCGUCCGCCCCAGCAGCAUGUCCGAUGCAGAAGCAAUCUCUCGUUUGCGCGCUGGGCUGCCUUUGCUGGAGGAUACGGCAAUCCAGGGCAACAGGUUUGACCUGCCGGAGUAUAGGGACUGGGACGCAUAUACGGAAUCUCUGUUGCAGAGUAACACCGUCACCUGGAGACGGAUACUAGCCAGGGCCAUCCGAAACUAG